AGUAAAAGAAACUUUUAUUUAGUUAGGAAAUAAAGUUACUGGACCCCCAAUAGACAGAUGGUCCCAUAAAAACUGAUAGAAGAUGGAAACAAUUGAACGGGAUCGAUCCACGUGGUGGUAUCCCAAUGGCUCUGGAGGGCUCAAUCCAAUAAAUCAGAACCGUUGAUUUUUUCCCGGAUCAAAAAAAUGAGUCAGCAUUCUCGCCGUGUUUCUUGCUAUAUAUAGACGACUCACAUUUACUAUCUCCUUCGACGUGUAACGCCGUUAAAACGAUUCUCCCCCAGAGUAUCCGCUUCUUUUAUAAUCAUUCGUCGUUAUCUCCACCGUCUGUUUUUCCUUCCGCUAUAUUUUCAAUGGCGACGAUUAAACACCACGAAGAUGAACGCCUAAGAGCCGUUGAUUUGACUUCUAAACCCUUCGAAGUCAACAACGCAGUGAGCCUCGAACCCAAGACGGAGCCGUCGUUAGAGUCUUCGUUGCAGGUUCCGUCUACUUCAAUGUCUUUAGCUCCACCGUCGAGACCGCCAUUGAAGAGAGCUUCGACUAAAGACCGUCACACCAAGGUCGAAGGUAGAGGGAGGAGGAUACGGAUGCCCGCCACGUGUGCGGCUAGGAUUUUUCAGCUGACUAGAGAGCUUGGUCACAAGUCCGACGGCGAGACGAUUCGGUGGCUGCUGGAGAACGCCGAGCCGGCUAUUAUCGCCGCCACGGGAACGGGAACGGUUCCGGCCAUCGCUAUGUCUGUUAACGGAACGUUGAAGAUCCCAACGACGACGAACGCUGAUUCUGACGUGGGAGAUAACUCGGCGAAGAAGAGACGUAAGCGACCUUCUAACAGUGAGUAUAUAGACAUAAACGAAGCGGUUACGGUUUCGGUUUCUUCCGGUUUAGCUCCAAUUUCCGGUUUAUCUCCAAUUUCAUCCGGUUUAGCUCCGGUUUCAACCGUGUCUCAACAAACGCUGCCGCAAGGGAUGAUUCCGAUGUGGGCGAUUCCAUCGAACGCGGUGAUUCCAACGGUUGGAGCUUUCUUCCUUGUCCCGCACGUUUCUGGUCCGACGAACCAGCCUCAGAUGUUAGCUUUUCCGGCUGCUCCGCCGUCGUCUUACGUCGCCGCCGUUCAGCAAGCUUCUUUAAUGGCUAGGCCACCUUUUGUAUCAGUUUCGACGCCGUCAGUUAUGGCUCCGAGCUCAAGCUCCGGCGUAACGAACAGAGGUUCUUCGUCGUCGACGACCAACAUGCUGAGAGACUUCUCGCUGGAGAUUUACGAGAAACAGGAGCUUCACCAGUUCAUGUCCACCACCACAGCACGGUCAUCAUCGAACCACUGAGGGAGAUUAAACGACGGCGUAUUAUUGAUCCCCGGGGGCACGUGAGGGAAGGAAGUAAAGACGCGCACGUGUUAAGUGGGCCUAGUUUUUAGGCAUCGAUGGGGUCCACGUCGGUGGUGGGUCAACACGCACCAAAAUCAAAAAGCAGAGAAGGGAGUGGGGCCACACAGCUCCCACCUUACGCAUUACUUCCGAGGCGGCCAGGUUGGGUGUGGUCCCGGUUCGGGAGGGCUACGUGGUCCGUUUCGGUGGGCCUCCUCUCCUCACCACUUUGUCUCGACUUUUUGGACUUUGUUUUAUCGCUUUGUAAAUACAAAUAUUGCCGCAACAAGAUUUUAUUGAAGCCGAAGCCCUGUAAUAAUAUCAUGUCAUGGACCACCCAACAACAAUUGUGAUAGUAGUAUUUUUUAUUUUGAAUCUGUAAUAAAAAAAAAUAUUUUAUCGAA